UCUGGUUGGUGUAAAGCCAGACUUGAGCUGCCUCAGACUCCUGAGUGAGAGCUGGGGAGAUGGCUGUCAGGAAUGUGCCUUGCUAUAUGACAUCCAUCUCAUAUUCCUGCCACCAGUGUUUCCUAAGCACCAGUCUUGUGCUAAGGGGCAAAACAGACAAGGUUUAGGCUACUGGUAUUUGCAUUGGAGUCACUGAGACACACUGAUUAUCUUUUAGGUAAGAUUAGAGGUAGUGAUGGGAUGAAGUCAUAUGAGAGACUUAAUUUAACCAGGUGAUCAAGCAGACUUUCUUGAGCCCUGAAAUAUGAGUGCUUCAAGCAGCUAGCACAGCAGGUGCAAAGGCCAUGUGGCAGGAGUGGACUUGGUGUGCCCCUAGUGGAGAGAAACCCAGUGGCUAGAUAAUAGGAGCAAGUGGCAUUGGGGACCAAUACCAAUGACCUUAGAGAAUGGUGGAGUCUUUUUUGUUUAUAAGGGAUAGUCAGUUUUAAAAACAACUAGGGUUUUGGAGACAGAGUUCUUGCUAUGUAGUCCAGGCCAGCCUUGAGCUUAAUCCUUGUGCCUCAGCCUCCUGUGUGCUGGGGAUAAAGGCAUGCACCAUCACACACUGCUGAGUCUAGUCAGGUUCUUUUUUUUGUUGAGACAGGGUCUCGCUGUGUAUUCUAGCCCAGCUUUGAACUUGCAAUCCUCUUACCUCAGCUUCCUGAGUGCUGGGAUCACAGAUAGUUCUCAUGACACCUGGCUUCAGUCAGAUUUUUAAGGCAGGGAGCAAUACCCUGUGGCUGUGGUGGUGGGGAUGGCUUGGAGUAACAGGUUUGGUUGUAUCAAGAUGAUAUGUUUGGAGGCUGGAGCCCAUGCAGUUUAGCGUGCUCCCCUGCCUGGCACAUCUCAGUAGGAACUGUGCAGUGUACCAGGUUACCGACUACCACACUGGGCCCACAGCAACCUGGUAAACAGUUGAAGCUGCCUCCAUGGUCCCUUUCUGACUGAAACCUUUAACAGCAGAGGAAACCAGUGUUCUGGGCCCACUCCUGCCCCAGGAAUGCUUGCCACCCUUCACCCUGCAGCUGUUCUGGAACACCUGGGCCUUGCACAGACCCAGUCCCUUGAUUAACGUCUGGUGUUGGGGAGGUGUGAGGGCACAGGAACUUGUUGUGACCUGGUCUCACGUGAAGCUUGAAUGCCCUGUCCCCUUCAGACAUAGUCACAUCCUUAGAACCUAGACUUCCCCCUGUAGCUGCCCCUUGAAGCCUUCAUUGGUUGGCCACAGCAGGGGAGAGAGGCUUCUUGUCUGAGUCCUAUCCCCCUGGCCACCUGAUGCCACCAGAGCCCUGAGUUCCCAGCAGAUUCUGCCAGUGCUGUCCCACUUCUCAUCCUUUCAGCCCCACUGAGAGCAACACUCCCUGUACUACCUACCCAGGAAGCCCUGACUGUACAGCUCCCCUUGGCUGUGGCUCAGUGCAGAUGAGGAGGGCUCCUCAACAAAGCCAUGGGCAUUGUGGGGUGGGAAGUAGCACGUGGGCCCUGCUGAUGGUGAGGCAAGCCUCAUCACUGUGAGGGCCAUGGGUCCGCAUCCUCCUUUGAAUGGCUUUUUCCCAAUGAUUCUGAGGCUCAAGGACUUUUACAGCAGCAACACAAGGUAAGUACUAAAGGUCCUUCUUCCCCCUGGAAUCCUGUUACCAGCUGCUGGGUGCCUUCAGUAAGUCAGCCUGGAGAACACUUGGAGCACUGGGGUGGCAAGUCUCCAGGCCCCAGAUUCAAGUCCAUGUCCAGGGAGCCCCAACUCCUUGCCAGGCACCCCAUCUACCAGCGCUGACAUGUGCUCAGGCACUGGGGAGUGGUGGGGGAGCUCUGCCAGAUCCUGCGGUACGGGAAGAGGGAGCUGCCCAGGAGAGAUCCAGAGCUGAGGAGCGAGCUCUGGAUCUAAAGGAUUCCGGGGAACAGCAUCGUUAGGUCUAGCGGCCGCCCAGAGGUCACCAUCACGUGUGUGUGGACCCGCGCGGGCAGGGUAUCGUCCUAGGGCAAAAUUCGCACUGUGAGGGUGAAGAAACCGUUAGGAAUCUCAACUGUCCUCUUUAAGUGCAGCUAACCCAGAUCCAGCUUGCCUGGACUAUCCUAGGGCGCCAGGCACGGGCCCCACAGUCGGGGGGAACUCCACUCACCGCGUUGUACCUUGGGAGACGUAGUUUUCUUGGGCGCUGUGUAAUGCCUACUUUGCACGCUACCUUACUCCGCCUUUCAACCAGGUAUUAGGGUCCCACAGGGCCAGUUCCGGGCUGCAUCAACGAUUGGUGGAGAGAGCGCGUGUGUGGCUACUUGGAUUGGCGGGGCGCGGGGGGCGGGGCCGCGCAUGCACGUAAAGGCGGUGACUGGGAGAGGCGCGGAGUGUCAAGAUGUCGUCGGUUCCGGAGCUGAAGCGCAUCAGCCGGGAAGAAGCGAUGCGCCUGGGGCCGGGCUGGAGCCACUCAUGCCACGCCAUGCUGUACGCUGCCAACCCUGGGCAGCUGUUCGGCCGCAUCCCCAUGCGUUUCUCGCUGUUGAUGCAGAUGCGCUUCGAUGGGCUGCUGGGCUUUCCCGGGGGCUUCGUGGAUCGACGCUUCUGGUCGCUGGAGGACGGACUGAACCGGGUCCUGGGCCUGGGCCUGGGCCUGGGCCGCCUGCGCCUCACCGAGGCCGACUACCUGAGCUCGCACCUGACAGAGGGCCCGCACCGCGAGGUGGCGCAUCUGUACGCUCGGCAGCUGACGCUGGAACAGCUGCACGCAGUGGAGAUCAGCGCGGUGCACUCGCGCGACCACGGCUUGGAGGUGGGGCCGCCGCCUGGGCUCCACGCCCCGCUCCCGCCCCCGCCCCGGGGUUUGGUUCUGGCCCCGCUGAACGCGCAGAUGGGUGCUGGGCCUUGUACGAGUCCCUCUCUACACCCAGAAGGAUCGAGUCGGAGGCUUUCCCAACUUCCUGAGCAACGCCUUUGUCAGCACCGCCAAGUGCCAGCUCCUCUUUGCCCUCAAGGUACUCAACAUAAUGCCCCAGGAGAAGCUGGCUGAGGCACUCACUGCAGCCACUGAAAAGCAGAAGAAGGCCCUGGAGAAGCUGCUCCCUGCUUCCUCCUAAGGGGGCCCUUUGGGGAGCUGGCUGUCACCCUCCCUACCUGGGUCUGUCCUCAGGAACCCUGGAAUUCCCGGGGAGUUUGUGUUUGCACCCUCUUUGGUGACUGCAUGGGAUGAGUGGGCAGUUGCUUAUCUCCAUUGCUGGAAGCAAUCCAUAGGACCUGGCUCCCAUCUCAGGUUGGUUGGUGGGUGGCCUGGGCCUAAUUCAGGCUCAGACCUGAUUCUGUGAAUUUCACUGUGGACUAGUGGAGGCCCUAGAUCACAGCACAGCUCUAGAACCAUUCAGGAAAAUUUGUUCUGGUGGAGGUGGCCUUUGUCACUUCGGACUUGUUCCUGCCUCUUUCCAGGAGUCAACCCCAGGACCCGGAGGAGAGUCAGCUUUGUGUAGGGUAUUGUUCUCAAUAAUUCUGGUUAUUUGACUUUUGUUUUUUCACAGUAUAAACUUUGAGAGGCUUAAAGUGACUGCCCACUGUGGCUUGGUUUGACAGUGAGGCUCUUGAGGGGACCCAGCUGUGCAUGCUGUUGAAGGAGAAAGUAAAUAAAAGUUGCUCCUCUUGUGGUAGGCAUUCA